UAUACCUAAGUAAAUUAUGUCUUAAUUUAUAAUAUUAAAGCCAAAUUUUUGUUGUUACAAAUAAAUUUUUCUUAAUGGCUGAACCCAGUAAAUAUGAUUAUCCAAGGCAGCCCGAAGACAAUCAGCAAGAACCGAAUUAUCCAAGACAGCCAAGUAUUGAUCGAGAAACACAGCAAAAUUACCCCAAUCAGUCAGCUAAUGAUUAUGCUAGACAACCAGCUAACGAUCAGCAAAAAACUGAUUCUCAAAGAAAACCACCAGAUGACAAUCGAAAGCAAAAUAACUACCCAAGGCAGCCAGCAAACAAUGUGCAACCGCCGAAAAAGCCACCGCGACAGCAUAUAAAAACAAGUGAUGAUGCACCUACUUGUUCGGUUGAAAGAUGUGCAACUGUAUUUUCAUAUAUACUGGUUGCAAUAUUUUUCCCAAUUUCAAUUUUCUUUUGCAUAAUUACUGUCCGAGAAUUUAAUCGAGCUGUAAUUUUCCGCAUGGGACGCUUGAGGAAAGGGGGACAGGGGCCUGGCUUGGUGUUUAUUCUGCCCUGUGUGGAUAGCUACGGUCUGGUGGAUCUACGCACCAGAGUGGAGAUUAUACCAUCGCAGGAAAUGCUAACUAAGGAUGCGGUCACAAUAAGCGUCGAUGCAGUGCUUUUCUACUGUGUCAAGAGCUCAACGUUUGCAGUCAUUCAAAUAUCAAAUGUGCACGAUUCCACAAUUUUAAUUGCACAGACCACGAUGCGUAAUUUAGUGGGCACCAAGACGCUGCAUGAGCUGCUAACAUCUAGAGAGGAAUUGUCGCGUGAAGUGGGCGAGGCCGUGCAUCAUGCAACUGCCAGAUGGGGAGUGAGAGUUGAACGAGUCGAAAUCAAGGACAUUGCUCUACCCGAAGUACUGCAAAGAUCACUUUCGAGUGAGGCUGAGGCACUGCGAGAGGCUCGCGCAAAAGUUAUAUCAGCCGAGGGUGAAUUGGAUGCUUCAAGAGCUUUAAAGGAAGCGUCCGAUGUUAUGUCUGAAAACCAAAUUACGCUACAACUGCGACAUCUGCAAAUAUUAACAGCAAUUUCUCAUGAGCGGCAACUGACAAUAAUUUAUCCCUUCCCCGUGGAAAUGAUGACACCUUUUGAGAACUCUGGCCGUAAAAAAGGUGGCGCAGUUGCUCCUCAUCUACCUGCAGUUUUAUUUAAUGAUAACGAAGCAGCGUCCACCAGUAGUGGUAAGAAGUCUAUGCUUGAGGAAGCUUUCAAAUUCUUUAGAGCAGCAGCAAAUGCUGCACCAGAUAAUUCUACUACAAGUAAUAAAGAAGCUGCGGAAAAAAUAACUAGAGGCACUCAAUACGAAAGGUCGGAUUGAAAUACAAAUUGCUAAGAUUUUAAAUUAUAUGUUAAGCUUGAAUAAAUAACUUGAAAAUUUCACAUUUUA